AUGCUACUUGUUAUUGCAGAGUUUGCAGAGCAUGAGCGAGACAUCAACGCUCUGGUGCAAACAUCGGUCCGCUGCUACAGCUGCCUCAACACCUUUCUUUACCGUCACAACAUUCAAAGUUCUGGUGGCACUGGCCGGGUGUCAGCAGCUGGCAAUGGAAACUUGAGGGCUGUCCAGAAAUUCCUCGAUCUAGGUGUAGAUGUGAACUGGAAGAGUGGCCCCAGCGGCCCAACCGCCCUGCAAAGUGCAGCUCUCGGAGGCCACAUUGAGGUCGUGCGGCAUCUGCUGAAGAGCGAGAGGAUCAACCUACGCUAUGCCAAUGACCUGGGCUCCGUGCUGGGCUAUGCAGUUUAUGGCGGCAAUACCUCAGUGGUGAAAUUUCUCCUGAGAGAUUCCCGUAUCAACCCAAAUAUCAAAAACACCAAACUCUGUGCCCCAAUUCACCAGGCAGCAGAUACCGGCAAUCCUGAUAUCAUGAAGCUUCUUCUUGCCAAUAAACGAGUGGACCCAAACCUCAGAGGUGACACUCGACGCACCGCCUUACACAUUGCGGUCAGAAAGGGACAUCAUGCUGUUCAGAAACUGUUGGUCGAACACACCCGCGUCGACCCCAAUUUAAAAGCCGGUCCACUUGAUCGAACACCGCUACUCGAAGCCAUCAAGGCUCCGGCUGAAACCCGUCCAGAAGAUACGCUGAGGACACUGUUGAGCUCGGGGAGGAUCGAUAUUGAGAUGGCAGACGAUAGGCUGCGCUCUGCCUUGUCGUUAGCCGCCAAAGCCAAGUCGACCGCUUAUAUUAAAAUACUUCUCGAGUGGGGAGCAAACAUUGAGAGUCUUGACGGCUUCCAGUUCACACCUCUUCUGACAGCCUCUAGGACACCUGGCGACCUUUGUGACAAUGUAGAGUUGCUCCUUAACUCCGGUGCGGACUUACGUGCUGUAGACCGGGAAGGAAGGACUGCUCUGGCGCUGGCUGCUCAAUAUAACAAUUUAAAAACGGUCGAAUUAUUGCUCAGACAUGGUGGUAGUUAUGGACCCGAAUCCCUGGUAAGCUGCGACAGGGUGAACGUCAACUUCAAGGACGACUUUGGAAACACUGCGCUACACUAUGCAACAUAUCGCGCCUCCAUACGCUCGGCCGAAAUAUUACUCGGAAGGGAGGAGACUGAUAUAACUGUCGAAAAUAAAGAGGGUCAAUCGCCUAUAAAACUGGCGGCAACCCGUGGAUCGGCCUCUCUCGUUGCAAUCCAUCAAAAGCAAAAUACCUCUAUCGCCAGAAAGCUACUUUCAAUGGAAACUGUUGAUGUCGAUGCAGAAGAUGACCAAGGAAUGACACCAUUGAGAUAG